UUUGGAUUCAGGUGGAGGCUUCGCCGCGGGAGUGGCUGUGGAGGCUGCUCUUGGGCGUAAAGACUCCCUUGUUACUAGUACAGGAAGCUGCGUGAGCAUCCCUUGCUCUUCGCCUGCGUCAUCUCGAAGUUUUAAAAAAUCAGAACAGCCAACACUGCUGAAUGCAUCACAUAUAGUGGGCAAUCACGACAUGUCCCUCGGCGAGUGCGGGGAACAUGAUUGGAGCGCACGAACAAAGACAUCGGGAUCUCCAACAGUGUUGACACUCACGCGUGAAAGUCUAACGAAGGAAGUCCAGCAGCUACUUGAGGUGAGCAAAGCUUUCAGUUUCGAGUAUCAGCGAGAAUCGGUGGCCCCGGAAGUCCGACUUUUUCUACCGAAUACGGUUGAGAGCCCUGAAUACGAGGACCUAGCAAAAACUCGCAAGGAGGAGCUUUUGGAAAGCUGGCGUGCCUCGUCAGGCUCGGAGGCAGCUAUAAGCAAUAUUUUGAGCGCGCAAAUGGGCCAUCUUAACACUGAACAGCGCAACUCCUUACGAUGGGGGUAUCUGGAG